AUGAUCGCUGCUAGCGACCGAUCUGUGGGUCGUCAUCCGGAGUAUUCGGAAAAGAACGCGGGGUGGCGGGAUAGUGGGGGCUACUCUGCGUCGUGUGCCUUCUCACUCGCUGAGUACCAGUUCGCGCCUUCCUCAUUGUCGUAUCGCGCACUUGGCUUCACGGCUUUUCUACGCUUCCAACGAUGGCUUCACAACGUCGUCACCACUUUACAGAUCCUCUCCAGGACCGUUCAAGGAAGCGUGAUGAACACGCUGCCGCAUCCGAGGGACUUUGAAGACGAUGAUAAGCACGCUGCGAGCGAACGGCUUGACGCCUAUGAGGCUGUAACUUCUGACAAACCCGGCGGCAAUAAGCUAGAAGAAUCUCUGAAUGUCGCACGUGGGGCUAUACGGGUGCCCUCCCCGGACCCAUCACUUCUCUCGAUAGACGACAGCAACAAUAUACGAUUAGGUCACAACCCUGACUAUUUCCCUGACCGAAAUGGUCGUAGGUAUGCUUCUCGGUCUCCAGCACCUCCACAGACCGUAAAGACAAGGGCGCAGGCAAUAUGGACGAAGAACAAGGGCUUGUUCUUGGUCUUGAUUUCACAGUUCUUCGGUGCUUUGAUGAAUGUCACCACGAGAAUGCUCGAGAUGGAGGGCAACGAUGGCAAAGGAUACCAUCCUUUUCACAUCCUCUUCGCUCGUAUGGGCAUCACAGUCCUAUGUGCAUCGGUGUACAUGUGGUAUAAGAAGACUGAACACUUUCCUUUUGGCAUGAGGGAAGUUCGGCCUUUACUAGUUGCCCGAGGACUUUUCGGCUUCUUUGGGGUGUUCGGCAUGUACUACUCCUUGCUCUACUUGCCGUUGGCCGACGCCACUGUCAUCACCUUCUUAGCACCUAGUCUCGCAUGUUGGGCUUGCUCUUAUCUCAUCAAUGAGACUUUUACUCGCGUUGAACAGAUCGCAGCCUAUGUGUCACUGUUCGGCGUCAUUCUCAUUGCUGGGCCAGUUUCGCUUCUCACAUUUCUGUCACAUUCCAGUGAGGCAGUCCCACCUGCAAGUGGUGAUUCAGAUAUUGCUGUUGCAAUCAAUGCCACAGCUGAUGCCCACCGCCUUGCCGCCGAAAUUGAUGCGGUCACACCAGCUCAACGAGCAUCAGCUGUUGGCGCUGCUUUGCUGGGGGUCUUAGGAGCUGCAGGCGCUUACACGACCAUUCGAUGGAUCGGCAAGCGAGCGCAUCCACUAAUCUCGGUCAACUACUUCGCAACCUGGUGUACAGUGGUGAGCAUUGUCAUGAUGCUCGUCUUGCCUGGAGUUGGGUUCCUACUCCCUCGGUCUUCUAGAGACUGGUGCUAUUUGAUCUUCUUAGGCAUUUGUGGAUUUGUGAUGCAAUUUCUUCUUGCUGCAGGGCUGCAAUAUGAAAAAUCUUCACGGGCGACUAAUAUGGUGUACAUGCAGAUGCUGUUCGCACUCGGUUUCGACAAGCUCAUUUGGGACACCACACCAGGGGCGUUGUCCAUCGUCGGCUCGUCGCUCAUCCUCGGUUCAGCGAUUUACGUUGCUAUGCAUAAGGAGGGUCCAAAGAAGGCGGAAGUGGUUGGACAAUACGGAGAUCAAGAGGAGGGUAGAGGUUUAAUGUCUGCAGAACUGCAUGCAGAUCAGGAUAUCGGCGGACAAGGCAUCCGGAUGGCAUCUGUACGUACAUAA